AGACUCUUCAGAGUCAUUUUGUUAUUAACAACAUUUUGUUUUGCGUUUUUAUUAUAUUUUCCACAUUUCUCCUACGAUACUUAACAGGCACCUCGUUAAAAUUUCCUUCCUUUAAAGUCUCUUUUUGGGAUUUACAUUCCUAUUCAAACAUACUCUUUUGUUCCCUCUCUAUUAACUUAAAGUCACUUUUCAAGUACUUACAAGUUAUUAGGACGAAGAUUUACGUCAUUGAUUCGAGUCCUUGUUUCCCUAGUAUUUUUGACGUAACAAGAUAUAUAUAUGUCUCGAAUAUUUUUACUUCUAACUUUUUAUAUCUUAUUCCUUAGCCCGGUAGCUUAUUCUAAUUUUGACGGCAGAUGUUGCUACUCCUUGGGGUUUCUUCGGGUUAGGUAUAGUAAGAAGAUGACAUUUAAAUAAAAUAGAAAGGCAGAUAAGAAGAAGACGAUGGGAAAAAGGAACGCAAAGAAAUUACUUCAGACAUUUUAAAAGGUCCAUUAUUUUAUUUUCAAAAUCAUCACAAACUUCUAGUCUUCGUGGAACACAUGGUUUUCUUACUUUAAAUAAACAGUCUUUUUUUCUAUUACAUAGUUAAUAUUUGAUAUUUUCAAGCGCCUUCUGCCAGAGCUGAGAUGUUGAGAUCGUUGUCGGCCAUGUUGAUAAACUGAAAAAACGAGGGAGGAUGCGUUCACCAAAACUUCACUGCACUGUACACUGUUGUCUAGGGUCUCUAGAUUGCCACCGUCUUACUAGCGAAUAGCCAAUCAUGAUUAUGUAUUACACUACAGUACACUACACUGCGCGCUGUCAACUGAGCGGCUCAAGUGUAACCCAUUAGUUGAUGGACAUUAUAAAUAAAAACUCGAGAAAUGUGCGUGAUAGCUCGUUGCUAUACGCAUAUCUUCGUUGAUAUUCAAUAAAUGAAACCGAUAAUUGGAUCAGUGGAAAGCUGAUACGCGAUUUAUAUUAUGUAACUAAGGCCAGUUUUCAUCUAAUUUAUCGCGUAAGUUUAUUAGCCAAGAAAAAAGGACUGGAGGUAGUGGAAGGGGAAGUUGCGUGGUGUAUAGAUACUUGGUAGCUUUCGGCAUUCUUUCGCGUAUGAAACGUGUACUUGGCCAAUACGCUACCGCGUAUCUCCAUUUCGUAGAAUCUGCUAUAUGUUCCUCGCAAUACAGCUAAAGUCGUAAAGCGGUUUUUUUCUGCGUAUUCGUACGUUAUUAUUUUUUUAUAUCCAAUUAUGACUUCUUAAAUGUUUCACUCUGCCUUUCCAUAGUUCUGAAACUUUUAUUACGAAGAUGAUAAAUAAAGAAUCAUAUAAUGAGUUGUCUGCAAGUAUUAAUAACGCGUAGGGCUGCAACAAUGUACUGGACCUCUAGCUUCAUCGCUCUCAUUACUAUCGCAUUAUUCAUAAGAGACCUACGGUGCAUUAUACAUACCCAUCACUAAUGUAUAUUGCUUAGGAAUAUUAUUUUUUCUCAUACGAAAUCAAUACAGCCCAGUGUGGUAAGAAGAAAAGGUACAAGCAUUUACCUCUCGACGUUCUCUUGUACUAAUAUCGAUGUCCCAACGAAGAGUUUCGGAUAUUUUUGAGCAACCAGUUGUUUCUGAUACAUAUUACCUUGGAUUCAACCUCAAGUGCCUUAUAUUUUGUGGUUUGUGGAAUCCAUAUAACAGUCAUGGAAAAUGGCUGUAUAAUGCUUACACAGUAGUUAUUGUUUUGUUAUUGCCGUUGGUGAAACUGGAGGGCUAUGUUAUGUCAAUGCGAAAUCCGCAACAGUCUUUCAUCCAACAGACAUUACAGAUCUUUAUAAUAUCAGUAUUUAGUGUCGGCUGGCUUAAACAUGUAAAUCUUCUAUGGCAUCAAUCAGAUAUUGCAUUCAUUGCUACUGUAUUUCAUUGGGAAAGAUCUGUCGUCUGUUCAGCAGAAGUUGCUCUUUACAGAAACAAAGUUUUGACGGACACAAUGAAAUUUCUGAAGAAAUGGACUACAAUAUGGUUGUGGCUUAUUAUUUUUGAUACGCCGUUAAUCUACCGGGAUAACUUGGAUGGAAAUGUACUGGCUCUACCAAUAAGCUUCACAAUAUUCAGACACUACGUGGAAGAGAUGAAUUUUUUUACUGCAUUAUUCAUAGAUUGGCUAACAUUAAUAACGUUUUCUUGGUCAGUAAUAGCAAAUGACAGCCUGUUUCUCACUCUCAUGCUCCACAUGAGAGCGCAAUUAAAGAUUCUUAACUUCCGUCUUAAAAGAUGUGCAAAUCCUGUACGUGACUACCAAUGCGCUACUACUCUACCCAGUAAUUUUGAGUGUCCUAAUCGAAAUGUGAAUAUACGACAGCCCAACAGGAUUCAGGAAUUCAUUAUUUGUAUUCAACACUAUCAAAAACUGUUCGGAUUAAUGCGUAUAUUGAAUAGAAUAUAUGGAUCAGUGCUUUUACCACAGCUACUUUCAAGUAUAAGCCUAAUAGCUCUCAUCGGAAUUCACGUCUUUGUGACCCAAACCAUAAAUCCCAAAGAACCAAGUUCUGCUCUAGUCCUUCUCCUGAGCCUUGCCAGUGCCUUGAUGGAAGUGGGGGUGUACUGUUGCGGAGGUGACACUGUAAUUGUGGAAAGUGAUCUCACCAAAUUGGCUGUAUAUAACUCUUAUUGGUAUCUGGAAGACACAGAAUUUAAAACUACUCUGAUAACUUUUUUGGCCAUGGCUCAGCAACCGUUUUCUAUCAGAGCUGGUGGGAUUUUUGAAAUUUCAUUAGUUACAUUAAAAAGUGUAUUCUCAAAGUCUUACUCAGCAAUGGCGAUUUUGCAGAGGUCCCUUGGAUGAAAUAGUGGAUGGACAAUGUUAAACUGUGAAUCUUGCGAGUAUAUAAGUGAUAAUUACGUAGUCACAUUGAAAUAUUUUCUACAAUUGUGUUUGAGAUCAUCAAGUUUAAAGAAAUGUAAUUUUUCGUUAUUUCAAGUCAGAAAUAGAGACAGCGAGAUUGUCAGAUAUUGUAUUAUCUAUUACUUGUAUCUCUGUUAUCGGCUUCCUGGGGGAAAUACCGUGGACUCAUAGACCCAAUCCUGCUUAAAUCUUCAAGUGGCGAGCAAUCACUUGACACCCGUGCUUUUUUGAUAAGCUAUCUCACGUACUGUCUUGUGUGCGGAAAAAGGCGUACUUGCUACCUCUACAUUAUCUCUCAAUUUCUGUAUUUCUGCAAGUAAUGUUUUCGUUUGGGAAUGUUUGCAAACAAUUCUGUAUUGAAUACGUAUUAUCUCGAAUGUUGAUAUAGGCAUUGUCUCAAUCAUUUGGAAAUUUUAUUAUUCUAUUUCAAAAUAAGAUUGCUUCGAGAGUUUCAUUUGAAGUCACUAAAUUUUUAAUAAAUUUUCAUCUCCAAAUAUUCGCGAUAGGAAAUGCAUUUGGAGAAUAUGCAAUGGAUUCAUGGCUUCUUCUCAUCAGAAUCCUCGAGAUCAGCAGCUGUCAUGGAACAAAUCGCCUUAGGCAUCGCAGCGCAAGUGGGCAGUGGUGGAAGAUCACAUCUACAUUUAAUGCAGGAGUCCCCUGAGACGUGAUUGACUUCAUCUCCGAAUUUCAUUGUGAAAUUACCAAUCUGACAAUCCAUUGAUAUUCCUGGAGGAUCUGGAAUUACAUCGUCUCUCGGCUCAACUUUGUCGCCGUCUUCCUCUGUAAAAGGAAAUUGAGGACAACUGUCAAUGUAAAUCGUUAUUAAUGUACCGAACGAUGAUCAGGGAAUUCUACUUACGACAACGCCAAUCGUGAUGACAAUCCAACCUGGGAUCUUGACCCAUACUGAAAACUGGGGCACAACGAUUUCGAAUGUUGUCUCCAUUCCACAGUUCAAUUCCGCAAUUCUCAAGACUAUAAUCCUUGCAGAAAGGUGCCACAUUUUCACCUGGUGCAGAAAAGGAAUUUAACUUUCGUAAGAAAUUAAAAAUGGUCACAUAAAAAACCAUAAUUGAUCGCAACGAAGUUCGAGAUUUAUGCAAAAAUGCAAACAAAAAAAAACACAAUUACUAUUUUUUCAUUGCGAGGAACUAUAUUAAAACUCUUUAUUGGUCGCUGCAAUAUUGUUAAGAUAAGAUUUAAGAUUUUGAUUUUUCUUCUAAACUGAUAAAUGGAUUUUCUCAUUACCUUUGUAAUCAGGACCGCAAUAACAGGAUUUUCUGGGCUCUCCCUCUGGCUGGAAGUAUUGCCCAUCGAGAUAGGUCUUUCCAUCUACUUCACACUUGGCAAUAUCCUCUGGAUUUGGAGCUGCGUAUCAUGUUGAUAACCAUUAAUGAACCUCAAUAAAUUUCCCUAAUUCUUUAAAAAUGAAAAUGUAUAAGAUGGUACUAACGGCAAGUCUCGGGUCCUGGCGCACACGCGGUAGCAUCUUGAGGUCGGAAGCAACCGGGCGUUAUCGGGAUGUAUGGAACUGCGUGAAGAGCGCAUGAGAACCGAGCCCUAGAAUAUAAGCCCAUUGAUAAAAGUUCCUAGCAAAACUGACGGUCAAAUACUCACGGGUUAUCAUCGGGUUUGAUACAGGUACAGUGCCGGUUACAGCCCUUAUCCUCAUCCCUAAGGUCUUCUGUUGGAUUGUAUUCGUGGCCAAAAGCGUAACAUUUAUCAUCCGAUCUGGUGUUCAAGUGAUCACAGUUGUACCUCAGGGGACAACAAUCCUCUGGAUCUUUGUAGACUGGUUCGCAUCCGAUGUCGUUGUAGUACUUUAUCGGUCCAGCACACUUGUCCACGGUACAUCCUGAUGGAGGAGGGAAAUGAUGAAUUUAUUAUGAAUAUCUGGUGAUAUUGUGACAUUUGAUCUGGUCUCAUUUAAUUUAUCAUUUUUGGAACAAUCUGUGCCUUUGCUUUUGCCUGAAUGAAAAAAAUAGGCUUCCGGGUAACCAGAUUGUUCAUCAAUCGGUCUUACCUGGCUUCAAAGUCGGAAGUGCCACCGUCAAGGUGAUGCAGAGGGUACAGAGAAAAGCACCAAUCUGGCCGUUCAUGGUGAUAGUCUCAAUCGCUAUGAAACUCCCAGUGUUAGAUCAAGUCAUUUUAUACAUCACGCAAUUAUUGGAUGUCGGUGGGAAACUGCAAUGAAUAAUAUUAAACAAAGACUUAUCGCCUGUCAGAUAGACUUAUGUAAUGUGUUCAACUUUAAAGAUUUUUUCACUUACUGAUACACUGCUAUAACAUUCAUUAGAUGUGCAAAUGCUUCAAUGAUAUCUAAGGUCAAAUCGAUGUCUAUUAGAGGAUUAAACUUGAGUAGGAUGAGAUAACUCCGGGGUAAAAUAAAGAUAAUGAUGGACGGAGAUUAACAAAUCCAUUAAUGCCACACCUGUUUUUAUUCUGUUGGACGUUCUCGGACGAAAAUAGGACUUUCCUGAUGUACAUGGCUUAUUCCGUACAUUAAGAUGAUAAAGACCAUACAUCAAUGACGCAUAGGUUGUCUUUGAAUCUUAAAGUUGAUUUGAAGUGUUGUAAGUACGCAAAACAAUGAUUUUGUCAACUAAAUAAAUUGUUGUACAGUAAGUUAUUUAUUUAAAUCACACCGCACAUAUCUAAUUUUUCAUUCUUCAUAUCGAACUCGUAAGAAUUCUGUUUAUUUUGAGAUUGUUGACAAAUUGUAUCAACUAAGAUAGUGAGGGGUAUUGAAAAUGUACCAGAAAUAAAAUUAUUGUGUAAUUUUAUUAAUGAUGUCAGCUUACUUGUAUGUUAUAGACGUCAACUUGACUUUCCAAUAAUGAAGAAACAGAAUUCUAUGUUUGAAAAAUUGGAAAUCUGAUUGCUCAUCAAGUCGGGUGAGUACUUUAGUGUAUUCAAGAAUAUUGUUUUUAUUCCACGCGUAUUAUACUACAGUAAUUUUUUUUAUGUUUAAGCCUUUUUCUCAUGAGAAUCAGCCAAAUCUUCAGCAGUAAUAUAACAUGCGUCCUUGGGGAAUUUCAGACAAGUAGCAACAGGUGGAACGUCACAUAUACAUUUGAUACAAUCUAGAGUA